AUGAAUAAAAAGUUAUUUAUUCUUUUAAUUGCUGCCCUCUUCUUGGCAAAUAUUUAUGGAUAAAAUGAAAGCGAAUUAGACAAUUUUAAAGACCAACUUGAUAAAUAUAAAGAAGCUGUUGAAGUAGCUAAAGGUACUGCUGAAGAAAGUAAGAAAGCUUAUAAUCACGCUGUGAAGACUCUUGAAGAAGCUAAAAAGGCUGCAAAACUAGCUUAGAAACAAUACGAAGAAGCUGAUAAAGCUACCCUUAUAUCUUUUAAAGAAAAAUUUUAUGCUGAAAAAUAUAAAAAUUUAAGCUUAGAAGCUGCUAAUGCUAAACCUGAAGAUAUUAAUUUGAAAAAUGAAGCUAAUGAUUAUGCAUUAUAAUAUGAUAAAGCUACUAAACUCCACGAAUAAAAUAAAUAAGCUUAUGAUAAAGCUGAGAAAGAAUUGAAACAAGCUUAAAAACAAUUGAAAGAAGCUUAAGAUAAUAUGGAAAUGACUCAUAUAAUUGCUAAAUUAAAUUUUAUUGAAUCUAAUUAAACUUUUUUAAUUUAGAAUUAUGAUGAGUAAAUUUAUAAUUAAAUUCUGGAGAUUUCUGAAUAUCUGAAAGCUUUAUAAGAAAAAGCUAGCUAAGCUGAAGAAAAAGCUAAGAACAAGAACUGA